AUGGUUUGUGGCCCUUCUGUGGUUGUUAAGAGUUGGAGUCGAACAAGCCACGGAGGCGAAGACGAGAUGGAAGAUGGCGACGCAAUUCCAGCUGCGCCGGAGGAUCUGAUGCAGAUGAACGAACCACAGGCGGCGUUUCUGAACGGGAAGGAGGUGACACAAAAGACAGGGAAAGAGCGCAUCAACGAUUUCUUGCGAAAUCAUGCGUGCUACGACCUGCUCAAGCACAGUGGGAAGGCGGCGCCUUUGUGGGACUCUCGGGAACGACGGUUUGUGGGGCUGAUGACUGUGACAGACUUCAUCGACAUACUCCGGCACUAUCGGUACGUUUUUUUUUCAGCGAGCGGGAGUGGGGUGGCGGUGGAGCAGUUAGCUUCUAAGAGUAUAAAGGAGGUGCUCUCGGAGCCGGAGGGCCAGCGACUUGCUCAGGCGGACUUCGUGCACGUGGAUGCGGAGGUUUCCCUGUUGCAAGCCGCGUCUCUGUUCCAGAAUCGGCACGUCAAAUUCUUGCCAAUCAUCGUCCCCGGGAGUGCUACGGUAUUGGCUCUCAUCUCGCACGUAGAGAUUUUAGAGUUCCUGGUGACGAUGUUUCGGGAACAGCAACGUCUUUUCGACGAUCCUAUUGCGGAGCUGCGGAUAGGGAUAUUUUCUGACAGCGUGGUGACCGUGCAAGAGCACGCCUGCCUGUCUGAAGUUCUCGAUCUCCUCGAGCUCCACCGUAUUGGAGCGGUGCCUAUCGUAGAUGCAGACGGGCGAGUAGUGGGGAUAUACAGCCGAUCGGAUAUCACGUUUUUGGCGACAGCAGCGGACCCAGGGGGGGUACUUGAAAACCUGGACCGCAAGCUGAGCGACAUCUUGGGACAACCAGGGAACGAGGGGCUUAGGGAUCGACUGAUAACGUGUUCCCCGCAAGACACGCUUCAGACGGUGUUCGAGAAGUUCGCAGACUUUCGGUUCAAGCGAAUCGUUGUGGUGGAUGAGGAGGCAAGAUGCAAGGGCAUAAUCUCCGUUAGUGAUCUGCUCGCCUACUUCCUGUGACGUGACUCGUGCGGGCCUCGUACCGUACGUUCGUUCGUUGUUGGCACUCGCCGCCGCGGUUGGGUUUGUGUGGUUGUGCUGCUGUGUUGUACGAAAGGGGUGGAAACAGGAACACUGGGUUUUCUAUGUCGUUUGUUUUCUUUCGUGAUAAUUCUUGCCGCCAUGACUGUUAGAGGAGGGUUGAGUUGAGUUGCACUUGGGAGCAGGAUUUUCGACGACGAGAGACAGACACCAGCGAGCUGACCUGGGAAUUUCUUGUCGGAAAAUAAUUUCUGCUUCUGCCUCCGUUGUGUACCCUGGAUUUUCGUCGAAGUAGUAUCAAUGUUCAGUUAGAGACGAGACACGCGCCUACACUGGACGUUUGUCGCGUUUCAAAGUUGCGUCAUGAUGUACUUGAGUAAAGAGGUAAUCGCAGCAGUAUUGAGCGAGCACCCACGGCACCGCACGCGGACCCACGCCGUCCUGCGGUGAACGGUUGGCUGGUGCUUGCUGCUGACCACGGGUUAUUUUCUCUGCGGUUGGGCUGUUUCGCGGGGG